AUGGACCCAUUAAAGUACUUAUUCAAAAAACCAGCACUAACGGGCAAGAUCACAAAGUGGCAGCUACUGCUUUUAGAAUUUGACAUCACAUAUGUCACCCAAAAAGCAAUCAAGUGGCAAGCACUAGCCGAGCACUUAGCAGCACAUUCUCUGCCUGAUUACCAACCAUUGAAGACCUUCUUCCCUAACGAAGACAUCCUCCAGAUUGAGGAAGAAGAAGAAAGAAAGGCAGGAGAAUGGACACUCUUCUUUGAUGAAGCCACAAACUCAAAAGGGAGUGGAGUAGGCGCCAUACUCUACUCUCCCAAUGACGUCCCAAUCGCCAUAUCCAGGCGAUUGGCAUUCCAAUGCACCAUCAACGUAGCUGAAUAUGAAGCAUGCAUCACUGGUCUAAGAGAAGCCGUCAUCCUCAACGUAAAGAAGUUACAAGUCUUUGGAGACUCACAACUCAUCAUCAAUCAGAUAAAUGGCGAUUGGAAGACCAAAGAUGAAAAGCCGAUCCCAUAUUAUGUCUACCUAGAAAAUUUAAUCAAGGAAUUCAACGAAAUCAUAUUCUCUUACAUUGCCCAAGUCAAGAACCAAUUUGCAAAUGCUCUGGCUACCCUCACCUCAAUGUUAAAGAUCCCAAAAGGAGUUGCUGAAUGGGAACUCACUGUCGAACUCCAGGAGGAACCCGCAUUCUGCCUACAGAUCGACAAAGCUGAACCUCCCUCGAAUUGUUAG